UUGGCUUCGUUCCUCUCCGGUUUUCUCUUCGGUCUUUCCUCGUCAGUUUGUGAACUUCAGUUGCCUUGUAAUGGCAGGCGUGUUGUUGGGUGUGUGUGAAAGUGCAAUAAACAAUCAGUACAUUUAACCGGAAUACAAAACCUAACCGUAAUAUGAAUGGUUCAGCUUAGUGGUGCAUCUCCAGUUUUCGCCCAACGAUGGAUUCAAACAGCGCUCGUGGUUCCACGGGUCAGCUCUCCAGUACCGGAAGUACCGGCGGCGGCAUGCACCACUCCCACUCGACUCCAGCGGGGGUAGACGGCGGCGCAAGAACACCCCCAGCCACGCCGAAGAAAGGCGGAAAAAUGCUCGCCAUUCGGGUGCAAAUGCUCGACGAUACCGUCACUAUUUUUCAAGUUCAGGCGAAAGCCACGGGCCGCGUCCUUUUCGACCAAGUGUGCAAACAACUGCACCUCCUCGAAGCCGACUAUUUCGGCUUGGAGUACAUUGAUGUGAACGGCACCAGAUAUUGGAUGGACUUGCAAAAGCCGAUUUCGAGGCAGUUGGGCCUGUCGCUCGUCGACCCUCUUCUCUAUUUCUGCGUAAAAUUUUACACGCCCGAUCCGGGCCAACUCGAGGAGGAGUACACCAGAUAUCUGUUUUGUCUGCAAGUGAAACGCGAUCUGGCGCAAGGGCUCAUGCAAUGCAAUGAGAAUACGGCGGCGUUGAUGGCCAGUUACAUCGUUCAAGCUGAAUGUGGAGAUUACGUCUCGGAGGAUUACCCGGAUCACACUUACUUAUCAAGCUAUAAAUUCGUGCCGCAACAAGACCAAGAAAUGGAACGUAAAAUCAUGGAGAACCAUAAAAAACACUCAGGGCAAUCCCCGGCCGAAGCCGACCUGAAUCUGCUUGAAACGGCCAGGAGGUGCGAACUAUACGGGAUCAAAAUGCAUCCAGCCAAAGACCACGAAAAUGUCCCCCUUAACCUGGCCGUGGCCCAUAUGGGGAUCAUCGUCUUUCAGAAUUACACUAAAAUCAACACGUUCUCGUGGGCGAAAAUCCGAAAAAUCUCCUUUAAGAGAAAGAGAUUCCUCAUCAAGCUCCACCCGGAAGGAUACGGUUACUACAAGGAUACGGUGGAGUUCUUUUUCGAAGGUCGCAACGAAUGUAAGAACUUUUGGAAAAAGUGUGUGGAGAAUCACGGCUUUUUCCGGUGUUCGUCGGUGAAAAAUGUCUCGAGGCACAAAACUAGGGUUCUAUCGAGAGGCAGUUCGUUUAGGUAUAGCGGUAAAACUCAAAAACAGAUCGUCGAAUUCGUUAGGGAUAACUAUGUGAAAAGGCAAACAUUCCAAAGGUCGGCUUCAUUCCGGCAUUCUAGCGCUCAUUCGAGUGCAAGCAACAUGCACUCCAGUACAGUCGGGAACAGCAUAUCGGCUCACCCCUUGUUGCCCCUUGCCGACAGCACUCUCAGCGUGGAAGCGUCCAAACUGUCGGCCUCGCUGUCCUCGAUGGCCGAUGCUCGAACCAUCACGGCUUCUCCGACGACGAGGUCAGCCUCUCACCGCCCCGUCACAGCUACAUCCUGGAGCUCGGCUCCAGACACCAGGCCUAUCCAUGCUCAGACGACGACCUCGCCAUCACCUCCUCUGACGACGCAAUCGGCCUCGCCCCCAACUUCUGCGACUACGAGCCCACUUCAUACCGACCAUCUGAAGGGGGGCUUUGCCAGUUCGCCGGUCGCCGUCCGCGCAGCUGUUCACAGGGCAGAUACAGAUGAUGGUCAGAAGGACAAGUCGGAUAACGAAGACUCUUAUUACAUCCACAACAACUCCUACUACACCAGCUCCCCUCCGAGUUACAAGGAAGUAAACGGCAACAUUUCGGAAUCCAGCCCGAUAAAAAAUCUCGCAAAAGAGCAGCUUCUGAACAGUAUUAACGCCAACACGAACGGCACCAACACCACAACGAUAAUCGCCGAGAUUGAAGGCGAAGUGAAGAAGAAAACUAAACCGAUCGACAAAACCUACUACAUCGCCAAAGAAAUCCUCAUGACUGAACUCACAUACAAGAAAGACUUAGAUGUGAUUAAUGUGUGGUUUCGGGACGAAGUCGGUAAAGAAGAACCGGACGAAUGCUCAAUUUUGCUCACCUUAAUCGCGCCUUUGGCACAAGCUCACGGACACCUAGUCAAGGAUUUGGAGCAGCGGUUGCAAGGGUGGGACGGCAGGGGCGGCCCGAGGGCCACCACCAGUCAGAAAAUCGCCGAUGUUUUGCUCACACACUUACCCCCUUUGCUUCCAAUUUAUGAAGAGUACUUGGACGGCCACAUUUUGGUGUUGGAGCGCUUGGACGCCGCAUUUAAGCAAAACAGUCAUUUCGAGCAGCUGUACCGUGAUUUUGAAACGCAGAAAGUGUGCUACUUACCGCUCACAACUUUCGUAUUGAAGCCACUACAUCGCUUGUUGCAAUACCAGUCGUUGUUGCAAAGACUUUUACGUUAUUAUGGGCCUUCACACCCCGAUCGUGCCGAUUGUUUAACUGCUAGUGACACUUUGAAAGAUUUAAUGCAACCAGUUUGCGAAACUUUGGAACAUUCGGAAAAUUUAGCCACUUUGUGUGAACUUCAACGCGAUCUAGUGGGCUUCGAUAAUUUGAUACAGCCCGGGCGGAAAUUUAUCAGACACGGGUGUUUACUCAAACAUUCCAAGAAGGGUUACCAACAACGCAUGUUCUUUUUGUUCUCUGACAUUCUUUUAUACACUUCUCGGUCUCAGGCCACUCUACAGUUCAAAGUCCACGGUCAUAUGCCACUAAGAGGUGUCCUGAUUGAGGAACCGGAAGGAGAAUUGGCGACUUAUGGCUUAGUGAUUUAUGGAGGUAAUCGUGCGUUGACUGUGGCGGCGAGUUCGCAGGAAGAGAAGGAAAGGUGGAAGCAAGACUUGCAAAAUGCCAUUCAGGAAGCUAGGGAUAAGACGGACACGAAAAUAACUUAUUUGAGCCUAAAAAGUUGCAGCUCUUCGGAUGAAAUUAUGGACCAGUGUGGUAACGACGUUGGCACGCAAACAAAGCCACAACCACAGAGGAGUAAUUUGAAAGUGCACGUGUGUUGGCAUAGAAAUACUAGUAUUAGUAUGAAAGACGAAUUGGUGGCAGUUGAGAAUCAAUUAUCGGGUUAUUUGUUGCGCAAAUUUAAAAGUAGCAACGGUUGGCAGAAGUUAUGGGUUGUUUUGACGUCUUUUUGUUUAUUCUUUUAUAAAGGAUGUAUGGAUGAUUUUCCAUUGGCGUCACUGCCUUUGCUAGGAUAUACAGUUGGCGCUCCUGCGCCUGAGGACGCCAUCGGAAAAGACUACGUUUUCAAGCUACAAUACAAAAAUCAUGUGUAUUUUUUCAGAGCCGAGUCUGAAUAUACUUACAAUAGAUGGAUGGAAGUGAUCGGGAGUUGUACUCAGAGCAGGAAGAAGAAACAAAUAAUUGUGAACGAAAACUCAAUCGAAUGUUCGCCGGAAAAGUAGUUUUAUUUAUGUUUCAAGGAAUUUCUAUUUUUAGGUUUUAACGGUUUUGUUAGCAACUAAUUAUGUAAAUAUGGUUAAGUAUUAUUGAAAUUUAAAGGACUGGAUAAGUCAUUCCUAGGUAAUUGUAGUAUUUCCGUACUCAUAUUUGUAUAUAUUUGUACAUUUUUUAUCGAUUUUACUCCUUUUUACAUAUUUUGAUGUCGCUGUCUCAGCAGCUAGUUUAAUUCUAGUGCCUCUAACAAACUCAUUUUGUUAUUAAUUAGGAAGUUUAUGUUGUACAUUUUCAUUUUAUGAAACAUCACUCGUAGUUAAUUUUCUGGAUGAAAUAUAUUUGAUGAAAUAAAUUAUUUUUACAAGAUUA